GUUCUUUAUAUAUUUCUUGCAGAGUCCCCCAAAAUGACAAUUAUUAAUCUUAACUGUCUCGUCAGUGGUAGCAGUGAAAAUGAAACUUUUACGAUUGAGAUUUCUAAUGACAAAAAGUAUGAAUUGCUCAAACAUAUGGUAAAAAAAUGCUUAGCACCUUUAUUUGAUUCCAUUCCUUCUACUCAAAUCACCCUUCGUUUAUCUGCUAAUACCAAAUCAUCAUCAACAAUAUCUUGUUGUGAAGACGUUAUGGAUGUCAUAAGCUCUGUUGGAGAUUCAAAUAAAUAUUUAGACUCACCUUUCUGGAGCUGGGUGGAAUCG